AUGGGGCCUUACCCUCCUGGGCUGAUAGCAGUGUGUUUCAGUGACAAACGCAUGUCACUGGAAGCUGAAUUUUAUGCAGUGACAUGCUAUCACAUCAGUGGAACCCCACAGGGAAUGGUGAUCUGGAAGAGGAACUUUGUCAUCUUGCAGGUGUAUAAACUGCUAGUGGAGAGACCACAGCCUCAUACUGAAGGCAUCAUGCAAGUCCUUCUCCUGCUCGCAGCUAUAGGGUUUUGCUGGGCACAGUAUGACCCCAAUACUCAGGCUGGGAGGACGUCUAUUGUACAUCUCUUUGAAUGGCGCUGGGUGGAUAUUGCUCUUGAGUGUGAACGCUAUUUAGCGCCUAAUGGAUUUGGAGGCGUUCAGGUUUCACCUCCAAAUGAAAAUAUUGUCAUUACUAACCCGAACAGACCCUGGUGGGAGAGGUACCAGCCUGUCAGCUACAAGCUCUGUACUCGAUCAGGAAAUGAAAAUGAAUUCAGAGACAUGGUGACCAGAUGCAACAAUGUUGGAGUUCAUAUUUAUGUGGAUGCUGUUGUCAACCACAUGUGUGGGGCUGCAGGUGGCUCAGGCACGCAUUCUACUUGUGGAAGCUAUUUUGAUGCUGGGAACAGAGAUUUUCCAGCUGUGCCAUACUCUGGCUGGGAUUUCAAUGAUGGCAAAUGUCAAACUGGAAGUGGAGAAAUUGAAAAUUAUGGCGAUAUAUAUCAGAUGGAAUGUGUGGCAGUACUUUCUCAAGGUUACUGCUCUUCCUUUGGCCACUUUGUUACAAUAGACCAUGCUGUUUCUCAUUCUCAGUUCUGA